AGAUAUUUUCCUGCCAAGGUAAACAGUGCACUCCUGUUAACAUGACAAUUGCUCGAUGUAUGGACAUAGAACAGACAAAAUGAAUAUAUGUAGAGUAUACACAGAAUGCCGAAAAACAAAAUAAUGCCUUCAAAUGUAACAGAAAUGAUCGAGUUCACUUUUUUAAAAAUCACAUUUAGUAAUUCAACUAAUUCUAAUACAUUAAAGGGUAUCUCUAAGCCUACAAUAGUCUAAAACAUGUUGGAAUUCGAAAUAAGUAGGUUGCUCAAAAUAACUGCGAAUAAAUUGGAUGAGAAGCAAGAAAAAUUAAGGUAACGCAAAAUGUGUAUGCGUUUAUCUUAUACCGACGAAAUUCCGAGGAUCAGAAUAUCAACUAACAGCCAAGUUCGAUGUCAAUGUACAGCUAAUUCGAAGUAAUUUCACCAGUAUUAAGCUCUAAAAACUUGUUUUCAUCGUUAAUUGCAAAAAUUUGUUCUAAAACUGCGUAUAAAGCAUAUAAAUUUAAUUAAGCAAGCAAUAAAUAUGCAUUCGCAAACUCUGGAAAUGCCCAGCAUAAAUAAAAAAAAUUAACUCUAAACGUGCAAGAGAUUCUUCGAAGGUUCAAGUGUACUUCUAUAUAAAUAUAUGCAUUAGCGCAAAACUCAUGACGUAGUAAACAGUUAAUAAACGUCACCUUAAAGAAACAUAAAAAUAAGAAAAAUACAAUUUAAAAUAAUGAUAUUAGAAAAUUUAAAAAAAAAUGAGUAAACAUUUAAAAUAAUAAUUUCAUAUAACAUCAAGGAACUUCAAGGAAGGCAACGGUCGCUUGUAUCACGCCUGGUACAUGACUGAAUGACAUUGAAAAAUACAUACACACACAUUUGCGAUAAUUUAGGACCGCUUCGUCUAUCAAAUUACAUGUGCACUGACAUAGAUUCAUUUGUUCUUUUCUCUCUUCUGCUUCCUUCCCUCACUUAACGCAUAUCUUUCUUUCUCUCUCUUCUGCUUCCUUCCCUGACUUAACGCAUAUCUUUCUUUCUCUCUCUCUCUUCUCAUACAUAAGCACUUAUACACGCACACAUAUACAUGUAUAAAUAUAUGGGCACUUUAGUAGAUACAUAUACACACGCAUUGACCUUCAUACCAUUCAGAACGAGGCUUGUUCUUUACUAAUGUGUUAGAUUGUAUAAUGUCGCUCUUUCGCACACGUGUAGUUCAUGUAUAAUUCGACACACAGCACUUUCUCGGUUUUUACCACUAACUAAUAAUCGCAGUAUAUAUAAAUAUAUACUUUGUUAGUAUCACUGAUACAAGAAGAAAACAAAGAUGUAUCGCUGUGUUGUCAGUUCAUGUCAAGGCAGGUAUUCUUUGCGGCGAUUUUACAGUACAGGUUGCCAUCUUCGACCUUCCCUAUCGAAACAGCCGUCCUCUACUUUUUUCACGUAUUUAAGAAGUAAUGAACUACUUGGUGUUUGUCCUCAGGAAAAUGCUUCUAUUACUGCCAAUAUGACAUUUUCUCGAUGUAUGUAUGGACAUGGAGGACACAAAACGGAUAAAGAAAUCGAUUUGCAACAGAAGAGUACGAUGGAUGAUCUACCUGUACCAAAGGGAUCCUGGCAGGAAUCAUUCCAUAACAUUAACCGCUCAAACAAUAUCUUCUUAGCCGUUAGUUCCACUUUUUUGGUGGUUACAGGAUUUACAAUGUACAAGUUGAAUUGUUUCUCAUGGAAUCCAGGCCCGAACAUUAAAUCUGUUCCAAUUAGGCCAGAAGCAGUAGGUCUUGGUGCCGGUACUGCUACCGCUGUUGCUAGCACUGAAGCUGUUGUUGAAGAAAGUUCCGUUGGACCAGAUUUGGAUGUUGUUCCAGCAGAAGAACCGGCUGCACCAACCCCUACUGCUGAAGAACCGGUCGCACCCACUCCUGCUGCACCUGCUCCUACAGAAGAAUCAGUCACAUCCACCCCUUCUGCUGAAGAACCAGCUGCACCUGCCCCUGCGGCCGAAGAACCGGCUGCACCUGCCCCUGCGGCCGAAGAACCAGCUGCACCUGCCCCUGUGACCGAAGAACCGGCGGCACCUACUCCUGCUGCCGAAGAACCGGCGGCUCCUACCCCAGCCGAAGAACCAGCGGCGCCUGCCCCUGCUGAAGUCACACCACCUUCACCUGCAGAAGAUACACCACCUCCACCUCCCCCUGAAGAGACACCACCACCACCUCCACCUGCAGAAGACACUCCAUCAUCGCCACCAGCUACAGCUGCCGAGCCAGAAACUCCGAAAGUUGAGGCUACCACCAGAACAGCCGAAAAUGUUGCACCAGAAUCGAAAGCGACUUCAAUUGAUUGGUCUCAAGUGCCCGCUAUCCCUGCACGCGUCCCUUAUUUAUUAAUCGGGGCUGGUACUGCUUCAUUUGCAGCAUUUAGGUCAAUCAGAUCGGCUGAUCCUAAAGCUCAGGUGCUUGUUGUUGGAGAGGAGAAUUACAUUCCUUAUAUGCGACCUCCCCUUUCUAAAGAACUCUGGUUCAGUGAGGAUAAGUCAGCUGUUAAGAACUUGAAAUUCAAGCAGUGGAAUGGUAAAGAGAGAAGUAUUUUCUUUGAGCCUGAAGCAUUUUAUGUAGAGCCUAAGAAAUUACCAUAUCAAGAAAAUGGUGGUGUUUCUGUUUUGUCUGGAAGAAAAGUGGUGAAGCUUGAUGCUAGCAAACGCCAAGCAUAUCUUGACAAUGGUACUGUAAUAAAAUAUGACAAAUGUUUGAUAGCUACAGGAGGAAAACCCAAAAAUUUACCAAUAUUGUCAAAAGCUGACUCAGAUGUAGCUGAGAAGACCACACUAUUUAGAAAUAUUGAUGAUUUCCGUAGCUUGGAUAAACAUCUAGAAGAGGCCAAGUCAGUAGCCAUUAUUGGUGGGGGGUUCCUUGGCAGUGAGUUAGCUUGUGCUUUAGGGAAGAAAUCUAAGUCAAAUGACUUGAAAGUCUAUCAGCUUUUCCCUGAAUCUGGAAACAUGGGUAAAGUUCUUCCUGAAUAUCUUAGUUUGUGGACCACAUCAAUGGUUAAAAGUGAAGGAGUUGAUGUUCAUCCUAGUGUGAGUGUCCAAAAAGCUGUUCUGAAGGAUAAUAAAGUGUCUUUAGAAUUGGAUAAUGGCGCAUCACUUGAUGUUGACCAUGUUGUUGUUGCUGUUGGCCUUGAACCCAAUACUGAAUUAGCUAAUACCUCUGGCCUUGAAGUGGAUGAUAAAUUUGGAGGUUUUCGAGUAAAUGCUGAACUAGAAGCUCGAUCUAAUGUUUGGGUUGCUGGUGAUGCUGCUUGCUUUUAUGAUAUAAAACUUGGCCGGCGCCGAGUAGAACAUCAUGAUCACGCUGUUGUUAGUGGGCGUUUGGCUGGGCAAAAUAUGGCUGGUGCUGGAAAAGCUUAUUGGCAUCAGUCUAUGUUCUGGUCAGAUCUAGGACCAAAUGUGGGUUAUGAAGCAAUUGGUAUUGUAGAUUCCAGUUUACCAACAGUUGGAGUUUUUGCUAAAGCUACUGAAAAAGAUACUCCACAGGCUGUUGUAGAAGCCACAGGUGAAGGUCUUCGAUCGGAAACUGAAGAGUCUGCUCAACCUUCCAUGGUGCCAGCUGCUCAGCUUGCUACACCUGAUGCUGAUGAGAAUUUUGGUAAAGGUGUAAUUUUCUAUUUGCGAGACAAAGUAGUCGUUGGAGUUCUUUUGUGGAAUGUUUUUAAUAAGAUGCCUAUUGCUAGGAAAGUUCUAAAAGAUGGUGUAGAAAGUGAAGAUUUACAUGAAGUAGCAAAAUUAUUCAACAUACAUGAGACAUAACAUUUGUGCGAAUGGGAAAGGGUGUGGGAAAAUAUAGAAGUGACUUUAAAGAAAUACCGACUUGAAAAGUUUUACAUGAAUAUUUUUUAUAUAUUUAAAAUGUUUUGUGUAUAUGAAUAUGCAACCCUGCAUAUUUGUCUGAAUAGUGAACAAAUCAUGUUAAGUGAUUUCAGGUAAAAAAAAAAAAAAAAAAAAAAAAAAAAAAAAACACAAACCAAACUAGACUGAAUUGGUAGUAUGAGAUCAGAUAGAAUUCCUGUUUGUUCAUACACUCCUCUUCCUCCUCUAAAAUUGGCAAUCCACAUCAUUGUAAAAUUAGUCCUCUGAACAGCUUUAUCAUUUAAAAAAAAAAAUCAUCCAAGUAAAUCAAUGCUCAAGAAAUGAAAGGCACCAUGACAGACAUCAUUAUUGAAGGUUAUAUGGAGUGAAGUUUGCCUUAUUCAAAACUCCUGAACUAUUUUUGUAGAUUUCUUUUUAUAACUAAGUUUUCAAUGUCAAUGAAUGGUAUGUAUAGCUUAAAUAAAUAACAUUUUGUUGAACAUAUUCUACUUCAGUCUUUACAUUUUCUUGGCUGAGAGACUCAAUUGUUUUCUUUUUCUUUGGCUAUAAUUUUACCAAGGUAACUUCACAUUGAGCUACAUCUUGAAAUUGUACAUUUAAUUUCUGUCUAUAAAUUGCUGGGACUGAGUAGGUUAUAGUGGACUGGUACAUGAUUAGAUAUGAACUAUUGAAAUAUUACUUAAAACCUUCCAGUCCUAACGUAAUUAAGUUGUAAUAAUUUUUUUUUUUUUAAGAAAAAAUUCAAUUUGUUGAAAAAUUCAAUUUGUUACAAAGAAAUGCUGAGCAGACCACCUUGUUAUAUUCAAAACUGAAUUUAAAAAAUUUGAAAUGUUAUUAAAAAAACCCCAAAAACAAUA